CGGGGUGAAGGGAGAUAAAGAGAGAGAAAACACUGAAUCUCUUUGUAGAACUUAUUGGAGCACCUAUGAGCUAAGAAGCUGGAAAGAAGAGCAAAAGGAAAGUAGGCAAAGAAAGCACGGCUAAGGCAGGACCCCCAGCAUCUCCGAACUAAGACGAAUCUUAGGACGAAACCGUGUUUGAGUUCAGGGAGGAGUAGAUAGAACUGUAAGGGUGUAAGAGCACUGAAGUGUCUGCUAUAAAGCUCUGCUGUUGCUGCUAUGAGCCUGCUCAUCUUAUUCUCAGUACUCCUUGCGUCUCUGAGUGGCGGCAGAUGUGCUGUGAUCACUGGGGCAUGUGACAGGGAUAUCCAGUGUGGCGUAGGGAUGUGCUGUGCGGUCAGUCUGUGGUUGAGGGGCCUACGGAUGUGCACGCCACAGGGGUUUGAGGGAGAUGAGUGUCAUCCGUUUAGCCACAAGGUACCGUUCCCUGGGAAGAGACAGCAUCACACCUGCCCCUGUCUCCCUCAUCUAGUGUGCACCGGAUUUGCUGACAGCAGAUACCGGUGUACCAAAGAUUACAAAAGUAUAGACUUUUAAAAACAUAUAUUAGAGACAGGAACAAAACAGUGGACUGCGAGCUAGGAGAAAUGAGUACUUGAAAAAUUAUAGGAUGCAAGUGCCACGGGCCCUGUUUUUUGUUUGUCACAUUCAUGCAUUUUGCACUAUACAUACACUCUUAUCAUUUUUCCAAAAUAUCAGUGGAAGCCCUUAAAAGGUUCAGAAAUACAAUGUCAUACUUGUUUAUACUGGCAUAUAAUAAGCCAUGUGCAGUGAACACAGUCAGAGUUAGCAUAAAAAACAGCAUCCAGAGCAUAUUUUCAAAUAAAUGUAUUGCUCCAUAAAAGUGUGCUCUAUGUUUUUGAAUGCUUGCUGAAUGAAACGUGGCGUGUGAUUAGAAUUGAUCUCCUGAUA